AGUGGCUUAAUGAAUUAUGAAGACGCUCCGAACGUCAGGGAUGUCGUAAAAUCGGCUAUGCUACACGAAAUCAGCACUUCCCACAAACCACAUUUUGGUGCAGCCUUUAUUAUCCGGUUAACAAUGGCGUUAAAACGCCCACCUUCUUAACAUUCCUGCAGUUGAUUAACCAGUCAGUUAAAACAUUUCAAACGUCCCGACCUUCGCAUUUCCCGGUAUGAGCUAUGGAAUGUAGAAUAACUUGCAUUGUGUUGUAAAAUCUGGCGAUCGGGCGGGAGGUGGGCGUGUAUGGGUUAGGUAUAAAUUCCACAUGCGAGCUCCCCAGGUGUACAGGAACACGAGCAUUCCAGUGUCUCGUGCAUUUUCACUCACAGGUAGUUGCAAGUGCAAGGAGAAGACAUGACUAUCCUUAGUAACAUCGCAAUUGUCCUGGUUUUUGCCUGCAUCGCUCAGCUGGUACUGGUUGCGGACUGUCGGAAGGGCCAGGGUAAAAAGGGAAAGAAGGACAGCCGGGGGACAGAGAGUAUGGAACGAGCGCCAAAGCCGGAUCCGAUACAGCCUUCUUACCGAAACGAGAAAGAACAGAAGAGCCCAUCUGUAAAGGGGGUGGCCAAGGGCAAAUUUGUAACUAAAGACAAAACUCAAUGCACCUGGGUAGCAAUCGGAGAGGACGUGUUCACCCUUGGUGUUAACUGCAAGAAAGGAGGGGACAAUUUUGAUUGCGAGUACAAAGCAAUACCCACAGCUUGCCCCGAGUAUGCGUCCCGUGUCAAAGCCUACUGGAAACAGAUUGCCCGUUCUCUGAAGAAACAGAAGGCUCUCUGCAAGGACCCCGCGGCGUUAGUGAAAGCCGGUAUGUGCAAACGUGCCCCAAAGACCGCCCAUUUCAAACUUAGCAACACGCCAAGUAAGCACCCAGAAAGCGCAACACAUCCCCCUCCCUCACCGAGCGGUAAAUCGUGCACCGAGUAUCAGAAGCAACGAGCAGAAGAACACUGCAGCGAAUCGUGGUCAAGUUUGUGUACUUUAUUUUUCUCAAUGGUGCAGGGUGGUGAGGACUGUUGAACAUACAUUUAUCCAUGCUUUCCUCUUACGCUAUUGUCAAUGUCAAUGUUUUGAUCCCAACGAAUAUCAAAAUUUAAAGAGGAGAUUUGUAUGAAUCUCGUUUAACUGUAUGCAAAAAUGCACUAUUUGUAACAUACGUAUACGCUCAGGUGUUUUGCUGUGUACCCUUGUAGUCGCUUUAUCUGUCCUUGUGUAUUUAUAAGUUGUGAUAAAACAAUAAAUAAUUUUAUUUAUUUUA